UCAUAGCAUGUCAGGCAUGGAUCUACUAGGACUAGGAGUUGGUAAAAACUCGGAAAAAAAGGCACACAACCACACUCCUGAAGGUGCAUGCUGUGCAGGAGAUAAUGCAAAUUCAAGUAAAGAUCACCCUAUAUUUGCAGCAGUAAAAUCUGGAUUAUUGGUUCCAGUUCAAACUGUAGCUGAGGAUGGACCUGAAGUUUUCAAUAUGCAAGAUGAGAAAGGUCACACACCUGCUCACUGGGCAUGCCUCGGGGGUCACCUGACAAUUCUCAGAUUCAUUAUGGACAGUAAAGGUCCAGUAGAUCAGCCAAGCAAUAAUGAACUGGGUGCCCACCCUAUCCACUGGGCAUGUGUGAAUGGACACAUUAACAUUGUGGAUGUUUUACUUCAGUAUGGAGUGAACAUUGACACAGCUGAUUUAAAGGGUUGUACACCACUGAUAGUGGCGUGUCAGUAUGGGCAUACGAUGUUAGCAGGGUAUUUAAUGGGCAAGGGAGCCCGCCUACAAAUGGUUGACAAAGAUGGAGAUAAUGCUUUACACUGGGCAUCCUUUAAAGGUCAUUCUGAGCUUAUGAGACUGCUGAUUUACUCGGGCUUUAAUCCUCGUCAAAAAGACAACUACGGGCAGACACCUCUUCAUUUAGCAUGCAUUAAUGGAAGCUUGACAGCUGUAACAGAACUCUGUGAACAGGAUGGUGUGGAGGUUGAGAUUGCAGAUAAGAAUGGGAAAACUCCGCUAAUGCUGGCAUUUGGCAGAAAACAUGAAGAAGUCUGUGAUUAUCUCCAGAGGCAAAUUAAAAAGAAAAAAAGUUUAUUGCCGAAAAUUGACUUUUACACUAUAGCAUUUGGUCCUCCAGGAAACAGUAAAGGAGCCAUUCUUUUCUUCAUGGUCAAUGCCAUUUGCUGGGGAUACCCAAUGUAUAUAUUUAAGUGUUUGCCAUAUACCUGGAAUGAACUUCAGUUAUUCCAUAUCUUCUUUUUCUUUGUAAAUAUUGCCAUGUGGAUUUGUUUGUUUCAUGCCAGCACGACAGAUCCUGGUUUCCUUCCUAGAAACAUACCAGAGUAUGACAUGGCUAUAAAACAAGUAGCACAUUUUGAUGAAUGGAAGCAUGGUGAAAAUCCAUUGAGUCGGCUUUGUCACACCUGUCGGACAGUCAAACCACUGCGGUCCAAACACUGUCGAGUGUGUAACCGCUGUGUCAAAGUGUUCGACCAUCACUGUCCCUACAUCUAUAAUUGUGUGGGCUACUAUAACAGGCCCUGGUUCUUCAUGUUUGUCUUCACCAUGUUUGGCAAUGUUCUUUUUACGGACUUCUUCUGCUACCAUCUUCUCUCUGAAUUUGGCUGGGAUUGGAUUGUAGUUAUAGGAGCAGUCGAGGCAGGUGUUGCCACCGUAGCGGUCACAGCGGUGACUGUCCUCAUGACUUUCCAUGCCAUAUACAACAUCACUGCUAAUGAGAGAGUGAAUUAUAAAAGGUAUAAGUACUUAAUGGAUGGUAAAGGAGCUUUUUAUAAUCCAUUUGACAAAGGAAUUGUACACAACCUAAAGGAAUUUUUCUUAAUGGUGCAACCAAGGACUGAGAAGGAUGUGGAAAUUCUUAAUAUAUGAUCCGGACUUUACCGUUUUAAUCCACAUGAAUGCAUGAUAGAACCUGGAGUAUGAAUAUUUUUUUAUAAUUAUGUGCAUUGGUAUGGAGUUGUUUUUACCCAACUGCAAGGCUUUGAAUGUGCAGGUGCAAUCAUUACAUUUUCGACAUUAGCCACCUUACCAGAGUUGUGUAUACACAAAUUCUCUCUCUUUCCCAUUUUUAAUACAUCAAUGUGUUCUUAUGUUCUAUCAUCAUAAUCAUUUUUGGUGCCAAAAUAUCAGAAUUCAUGUACAGGAAGGUAAAACCUCUUUCCAUUAAUAUUUAGGAAAAUUAAGCUUAACAAAUUUUUAUUUGCCUCUUUGAUAAAUUUCUGUUCUUUAAAUGAUUAA